AUGGCAUCGACUAACCUCCAGGCCGUGUACCCGCACGUGUUUGUCAAGAACCUUGUGGGCAAGCCCAUCGUGGUGCGGCUCAAGUGGAACCGCACCGAGUACUCAGGGACGUUGGUGGCGGUCGAUAAGUAUAUGAACCUCCAGAUUGAGCUGUGUCACGAACUGGUGCUUCGUGACGGUAAGCGACAAUCGGAAGAGCUCGGCGAAGUGUUUGUCCGGUGCAAUAACGUGUUGUACAUUAGGGGAGCCGAACAACUGUGA